UGUAUUCCAAGUUUUACUACUAAAAUAAGGCCACAAUGGCCCCUACAGUAUUUCUCGUAAGGCACGGACAAACAGAAUGGUCGAAGCUUGGAAAGUACACAGGAAAAACAGAGAUAGAGCUCACAGAUACUGGAAGAAAGGAGGCACUUGCUCUCGGAGAUAGCUUCGUGGGCCCUACCAAGCUCAUCGAUCCAUCACACCUCGUGCACAUCUUUGUGAGCCCAAGGAUCCGAGCAAGAGAAACCUUUGAGCUCGUCACUGAAAAUUACCCAGAGGCAAGGAAAAGAGCUACCUUUGAGGAGGAUUUCAGAGAGUGGGACCAUGGUAACUAUGAGGGAAUGACGACACAACAAAUCAGGGACUCGAGAGCGGAGAAGGGACUUGAUACAUCGUCGGAAUGGUCAAUUUGGGCAGGCGGAUGUGAGGGUGGAGAAUCAGUAGAAGACAUAACCAGACGCGUCCAUGGCGUGAUUGCCUCUAUCCGAGACAUUCAAAAGGAAUACAUGGGUAAUGGAAAGGACGGGAAUGUUAUGGUUGUUGGACAUGGUACUUUCCUUCGAUGUCUUUGGAAGGUCUGGGCCUAUCUCUCGGUCGAUUCCCCUAUCAAUAUACAAUUUGACACUGGGUCAGUUGCGACUCUGAGCUAUAAAGACAAUGAUAUCAACAGUCGAACGGUUGCCAUCGGUCUUAAGAUGCAGUCUUGAGGGUUGUCACAUACACAGUAAUUGUCUCUAAUUUCACCCAGGCAGGCGUUGGUUUUCACUAAAUGAUGCGGCGUGGAGUGCACUGGAAUGGGCCGCACUAUGGAAUGGACAGGAUAGCCGAAGUUUGGGAAGUUAAUAGGUCUGGGUAGUCAGCAGAAUACAAAGUUGAGCGACUAAUGCCUUUAUUCUUUGAC